AUGAGCGCGCUCUAUAACUCUGCCCUGCGCCAGUCAAAGGCCAUUCGUGCGGAUCUAGACAGCUUUGCCGCUUCCGGGUCGUCCACACCAGCUUCACAAGGACAACUCACAACGUCACUAACGUCCUUCACGCGGACCCUAGACGACUACCAAAAGAACAUCGAUGUCGAGCUAGUCCCCGAAAAAGCAGAGAAGGGCAAGGAGCGGAUCGUCAAGUUCCGUGAGGAUCUACUCGAGUUCAGAUCACGAUUUGCAGAGCUGAAGCACGAGAACGAGCAGGCAAAGUAUGCCGAGAACAGAGGCGAGCUGUUCGCAGGAAGGGAGAGGAAGGGCUACGCUGGCGGCAGCGAUACACCUGAGAAUCCAUACCGAGAUGCUGCAAUAGCGAAUGGUGGCAGUGGACAGAACGUCAACCCACUCUUUCGAACGAACAACCCCAACUUCCAGGCUGGAGCCAAUGGACCGAACAGCUAUAGCAACUACCAGUCACCGUACGGCUUUGGAGAGGAUCAGCAGCGAGAAAGCCAUGCCUUGAGAGAAAACUCUUUCUUCACAUCUACAAACGCGACUCUGGACGAAUAUCUUGAGCGUGGGCGUGCUGUGCUCGGUGAUCUGGGUGACCAACGAGAUGUGCUAAAGGGUACGCAGAAGAAGCUGUACAACAUUGGCAACACGCUCGGUAUCAGUGGCGAUACUAUUCGCAUGGUCGAGCGGAGAGCGAAGCAAGACAAGUGGAUAUUUUGGGGUGGUGUCGUGGUGUUCAUCAUCUUCGUCUACUUUGUGCUUCGGUGGUUGAGAUGA